AUGAAGGUACUGAAAACACUAAAAGCUAAUUUUAUAAAAUUAAUCGAUAUUUUUUCUUAUAUAGGUGCAGAACGAGUCGAAAUAGUCAUCGAUAAUGCUCGUGCAUUACGUCGAAGUUCACUUAUGGAAAAACAAACGAACCACAUACCAUUAUCAACAUCAUCCACUUUGACUUCGACAAAAGUAAUUAAUAAUGGUGUCCAUCAUCCAAUAUCAAUAUAUCAAAAUCAAAUUCGUAAUUUAGCAACACAAUCAAAUGGACACCGUUUUCUAACUGAAACAAAUUCUCGUCCAAAUCUUGUAUUACCGUCACCACAUCGUCAUAUUUCGAAAAAUUCUCGUCUAGAUGAUGGAUUACAUUGUGCAAAUAUUUCACAUAAUCUCCAACAAAAUCAGAGUCCAUCUCCACCCCAUUCUGAAUUGUCGACAACCGAUUCCAUUAUGCCAGAUGAUUUAUCAAUGCCUGAAUUAGUCAAGGAUAUUCUACGUAUAUUAUCAUCAACAAUACCAUUUGACAUACGUUUAAAAACAGACACAUCAAUUAUUGCUCGUGUAUUCUUUUUCGGUUCUCAUUUACGUUCACCUAAUGAAUAUGAACUUCGUACAUAUGUUGAAUAUCCUUAUACUAUUCACGGUUCAAGCAAUAUUUAUACAAAUUUAACAACAUUAUUGAAACAAAUGAACUCUAAUCCCAGCAAAGAAAAAGCGAGACUAUCACCAUCAGUGACCUCAUCACCGCCAUUAUCAGCAACAACCACAAGAACUUCUACUAGCCAUAGUCCGACACGUACGGUCCCAAAUCCUUAUCGUACUCUUGAAUAUAAAACAAAAGAUCACAAUUGGCAUUUGCUAGGUGAAUUACUUUCAGAACGUGUUCGUACAUUUCGUGAACUACCCAAUAACGAUUUACUUCCUCAACUAUACCUUGAUCCAAAAUAUUCAAAAUUACCGGUUAUUAAUGCAACAGCACGUUUAACUAAACGAAAACAUUUAUCAUCACUCGAUUUUGAUAUUGGAUGUAUUCAUCCAAAUAGAACAUUAGCUGGACUUAACUGUUUUGGACUAAAGAAAACGAAUGGUUUUCGUUUACCAUUGAAACGCACUCGAUGUGGAUCUGACACAGGAACAACAAAAACAAAAGAGCAGAAACAGCAAACUGAGUCAACAGAUACAAUAAAUGAAGCUACAGGAGUCGAACCAACAGUGUCAACAUUACGUGAAACUUUAAAAUGUUCUCAAUGUUUACAACCAUUAGAAGAUACUCAUUUUGUUCAAUGUCCAUCAUCAACAGCUCAUCGUUACUGUUUUCCUUGUUGUGGUGAUUUUAUAAAAAAACAACCACUAUCAUCAAAUCAAGAAAUAUAUUGUCCUAGUGGAGAUAAAUGUCCGUCACUUGGUUCUCAGAUACCAUGGGCUUUUAUGAAAUCAGAAAUAGCAACAAUUCUUGCUUCGAUAAAAACAACAGUCAAACAAGAAGUCGAAAUGUAA